AUGACAAAGGGCGGUCCCAAGACAAACAAAACAAACUCCACCACGUCGGCUUUGACGAAGAGAAUCAUUCGACGGUACUGGUUAUCUGGCCCUGCAUGCUCGUCAGAUCUCUACCAUGGCUUCGGUGAGCAAGGGUGCAGUUCGCGCCACGCUGCUGCGACCCUCUCGGGCCCGGUGCCAGUGGACCGGGACGCGUGGGCGCGCCUCUUGGGGGCUGCUGUCAGCAACGAGGAUUCCGGCAAGCACGGCAUCCGCAUCAGCAUCGGCGUCGGCAGCGUCGCGAAUCUCAUCUUCCGUCAGCACCACCUGCACCACCGCGAGGUGCUUCUCCACAUAUCCGCCACGAAGGACCGGUACGUUGGUGCGCAUACACAAAACACAUCCAAACAAGACACACGACAAACCACAAAAGACAACACAUCAAAGUCCCAAGAUGGCGGCGGUGACUCCCUCCCCAGAAAGAUGCUCGAGUCCGCCGCGACGUCCUUCGCCUCGAUACUCGUCCUCGCCGCCGGCUUCGCCGUAGCAGGAUACGCCUACCACAAGACCUACAAGCGCAUCGUUCUCAACAAGAUGACCCGCGCCUUCACCCCCGGCGACCCCGUCCUCGAGCUCGCCGCCAUCGGCAAGGAGGUCCCCCAGACCCCCGCCGAGGCCGACGACCGCUGGGUCCAGCGGCCCGAGCAGGCCCGCAUCGACAAGAUCGUCAACGGCUCCGAGGUCGGGCACUACUUCCUCAUCCUCGGCGAGAAGGGCACCGGCAAGUCCUCCAUGCUUAUCGAGGCCAUGCGCAAGAUCGACGGCGACGGCGUCGCCAUGUUCGAGGCCCACGCCGACCUCGAGAUCGUCCGCAUCCGCCUCGGCAAGGCCCUCGACUUCGAGUUCCACGAGGACUACAUCGGCGGCUACUUCUCCGAGCGCGGGCCCCGCGACACCACCGCCCUCCUCGACAUCGAGCGCGCCCUCAACAAGCUCGAAAAGGUCGCCCUCGUCAACCGCAAGGAGCGCAAGAAGCCCCUCGUCGUCAUCAUCAACCAGAUGCACCUCAUCCGCGACGACGAGGACGGCAAGGACCUCAUCGAGCUCCUCCAGCAGCGCGCCGAGCAGUGGGCCGCCGCCAACCUCGUCACCAUGGUCUUCAACACCGACGACUACUGGGUCUACGAGCGCCUGAAGCAGCUCGCCACCCGCAUGGAGGUCAUGUCGGUGCGCGACCUGACCAAGCGCCAGGCCAUCGCCGCCCUGUGGAAGUACCGCAUGAAGUACUUCAACGAGCGUCUGAGCCAGGACAAGCUGGAGGAGGUGUACGACCUCGUCGGCGGCCGGCUGUCGUUCCUCAACCGGGUUGCCAAGAGCAAAGACAUGAUCGCUACGUGCGACCAGAUCUGCCUGGUCGAGAAGACGUGGUUCCUCAACCAGUGCUGGAUCCUCGGCGCCGAGAUGGACGACGACGUCAUGGACCAGCAGAAGUGGGCUGCCGGCGCAAUGACCCUCGCCCAGGCCCUCGUCGACAAGGAGGAGGACAUGGACAAGACGUACGACCGCGAGCGCGGCCACCUCCUCCCGUCCUUCCCGAUGCACAAGGCCCAGCAGAUCAUGACGCGCUCCGACUUCGUCCGCGACAUGGACCGCCUCAAUCUCUUCUCCAUCGCCGCCGACGCCCAGGUCCGCGCCUCCUCCGUCCCCAUGCACCACGCCUUCCAGGAGAUCUGCGCCGAGGAGGGCUUCCGCGACCACCUGCAAAAGACCGUCAUCCGCAUCGGCGACAUCGAGUCCCUCGGCCGCACCCGCGAGCUCGUCGCCAAGGACCUCGUCCUCGGCGGCAAGUACGAGAUCAAGCGCGACAAGGACGGCGUCGUGGUCAAGCUCGUCGAGGGCGAGGACCGCGGCAUGUACGUCUGA